AUGUAUUUCGAAUUCAACAGACGAUCUAGUCAGCGGGUAUAUUACAAAAGAAAGCCCUCUCGCCCCCAUUCCACUUUCAGUUCUCCGGAAGCUUCAUCUUGAAUUCAUAUUCAUCAUUUCCACUCAAACCUCAUCAUUCCCCAGAGACCCCAGAGACCACGGUACCUAGUAACUAGUAUACCAGCAUAUAAUACUUCAACUGACAUUGAGAUCGUGGCACGGCGCCCUACCAACGCAGCACUUAACAACUCCACACCGCAAGCCUCGAAAUUUCGCAAAGGCGGUCGGUAUAGGGUACCACGUUCUUUGUACCUUUGUACCUUUUGAAGAGCCCCCCAUCCCCCGGUCCCCACUACGCCUGCCGAAAAAAAGUUCAACGAUCGUAAUUGCACAUAAAAGAGAAGCCUUCGCUGUUCGGUCAUUGCCUCUCCUACCCUUGGCCGGAUAUCGGUGCCUGACUCACACAACACAACAAAAAAAUAAUAUUGCAACCUAUUGCACCAUUAUCAUACAAAACGAACACACAGACGCUGACAAGCAUCAUAUCAUACAAAAUGGUUUCCACAACCUCACCGUCACCUUUUCACCCUACUUCCCAUCACCCAUACACACAAUCAACCUCAUCACCACUGAGAAAGAAGAUGUCCGUUACCCAGACUUACUUUCUCGCUCACAAGGCACGGGCUAAGCUUUCCAAUGAAGCUGCCCGACCUGACCACAACCUUCGUCUCCUUGUUGGUCACGCCAACUUACUGGACUCAUUAAUGCUCGACCUUGCCGAGGCCGAACAAGAACAAGAGAGCUGGUUCAACCAAUCCGUCCGAGGAGCCGCACCCAAGACCGAAGAGAGGCACGUGCAAUGGGCCGACAGCACUGCCAUGGAGGACGACUGGGAAGCGGACUCCUCCGACUCGGACAGCGACACGGAAGACGAGGACGAAGAUGUGGAGAUGGUAGAUGCGGCACCGCUACGACGGAUACCUUCCAACGUCGUAGUACCGCCAUCUCCCCAAUUAUACACGAUGGACGAGGAUGAUGACGACUUUGAGGACGACGACGAAGACUACGACGCUUUGACACUCACACGAUCACCAUCACACCUGAUAACAUCACCUCCCGAGCUAGAGCACGACUCCGACUCAUCAGAAGACGAGGCAAUGCCUCCUUCACCACCAGCCGCAUCUAUACCUACAUUCUCAGAUAAGCAGAAGGAAACCACAGUCACGACGAAGUACUACGAUCCGAGGCAAGACGAAGAAGACAGCAAGGCAGAUUUCUACAACGAUGGAUACUACUUACCGCCGCGAAAUACGGGAAGAAUAGUAUCCGCGAUAUCGGUUUACUAGGAGGACUGUCUUAAUACUUGUUGAUCUUUCACGGCUUGCAUCAGCGUCGGGUCUUGUUUGACAUAAUGUGAUUUCUUCAUCUGCAUCUGGGUGGCGUUUCAAAAUACCAAUAGCGGCAUGGCAUUUUAAAGCGCGAGCGACUUCAUUUGAUUUCUUUUUCUUUUUUUACUUUGUUCAUUUGUGUCAAUACGACUACGACUACCUGAGGAGGAGGAAGGGGAAAAGACGGGUAUCACCGCAACCUAGAACGAGACUAGGUAAUCGCAUCUGGGAGCAUAUGUCACCGCUCACAAGUUAUUUUCUAUUGGAGGACUAUUGAAAGGGUACUACCGAAAGCGGUAAACAUCAGGACUGGAGUGGACUAGCGGGGCUUGUUUUCGCUCCCUGGUUUUUAACCCACGCAUAAAAAAAUAUGCUGGGUUCAAAACUCAAAGGUCGAGUGGAACACAACAUACAAUACAUGUUGGCCUCGCUUCACCGAAUUUCAAUUGCUACAUAGCGAAGGCUAUCACAUACUGCACGCACACAGACGCAGUCGAAGCCCAUCAAUUAAAAAUACAAUACAAAGAAUUAGUCAAA